CGGCUUUAUCUGGAAGCCAGCAAUUCCAAUGUCGACCUCUCUCUUCAAGACACUCCGCCAAAAGCCAUGGAGCCAGACAACAAAUCUACUCUACCCAGUUUACCACCUGAGGCCACUGAAAAACCAUAUAGCCUUCAUAUAGAUAGACUCCACCUCUCCGAGCCAACCACAGCCAGUUCAUUUGCUUCAUAUCCCACUUCUGUAAACUUCUCCCCGGAGCUUACCCAAGUAGGCCCACAAGCUUUUUCAUAA